AUGGCUGAUAGUGACUUUGAUAAAGAAGUCGAGAAGAUGCUCUCUUUGGAGUCUAGUGAGGAGGCUCGUGUGACACAACUCCAAGCACAAGUGUCAUCGUUAAUGGAACAAGUGCAGAAGUUGACACAGCAGGCAGUGCAGGUAAAAGCCUCAUUAUCAAUCAUUUAUUCAGAGGUACAGACGCUGCAUACACUUCCAGACCGGGUGCAACAGAAGCUCGGAAGUGGAAAUAACACAAGAGCGGCUAGCAAAAACCGCGAAGAAGUAGCUCAAGCGAUUCUGGAACUUUCUCAUAGUACUUGCGAAAUAAUGAAUAGAGAGGUUCCGAGAAUUGACCAAUUUGUAGACAAGAUUUUGCAAUUGGAGCACUACAAUUGGGAUCAAUUGAUUACUGAGCAAAAUGAGCUAUACGCGCAAGCGCGACAUGAUGAUCACUGUUUGCGAGAAUUAGCGCGGUUACUCGAUGUGACUUCUACAGAAGUCGUCGAUACAGUAAAAAGCUAUAUUGGCAAGCACAAAGAUUUUGAUGGACCUAGUUCAGACUUGUCAAAUCACAGUACAAAAGGUCACUCCUGCAAAAGGGACCAUCAAGACGUUGAUAAUAAGCUGCUGUUUCAGAGAGAGCAGCCGAUGGACGUAGACAGACCAGGCACAAGUGCCAGCACCACGUUCAGAACCGUUAUGAGGCAGGUGCGAGAAGGAGAGCUAACGGCGACUCCAGAGCUCACGCGAUUCAACUUAGCUGAGGCGGAGCAAGGUCAGUUCUACUCCACGAAACCAACAACUUACAAAAGUUUUGUUCCGAUAUCUCUGCAUGCAGACGUUGAUGUGGCUAAUAAUAUGUUUUUGCAGCAGUCGAGAUGCAGAGAGAGGCCAGAGACCGCACCAGUGCCGACCAGCCAAGGUGUGUUUUCAUCUUCAACUCAAAUGUUACCAGAACUAGGUGUAGGUGCAACUUUAGCGGCUAUGGCUUUACCGGAUGUGCAACCUUUCUCCCAUCCCCAAGGAAAAGGGUUUGAAAAUUUUGUGAACUCAUUUCAAAUGAAAUAUGGGAGGCUAGGGUUACAAGAUGACAUGCUUAUUCACCUCUUAUGCUCAAAAUUGCAAGGAUAUCCAAAAUCGGUGAUGGAAACCUUGCCCCGUAACUGUCGAGAGGGGAGCUACAUUGCUUUUCUGGAAGCUUUGAGAGGUAAACUGAAGGAAACUGAAUCCGCGCAACGUACUGAAGCAUACAUCAAGUUGAAGCAGCUUCGGAAGCGGUCGUCAGUGAUAGAUUACUGCGUCGAAUUGGAGGAGCUGACUCGCAGAGUUUAUCCGGACGCGAGCGAUAAGGAGCUAUCCAUGAUUCGCGCAGGAGAGCUGAUCACACAGCUCACAGAAUGGAAGGAAUAUAUUCAACUGUUCAACACCUUAGAACAGGCACAACAGGACGAAGCCUAUGAAAAGCUCAAGAGCCUUGCACAAAGCAUAGAGAGGAGCCGUCAAGUGGCUAAUGCCGUGCGAUUUGCUGUCAGAUCAGGUCAUGAUAGUCGAAUGAAUAUAGGCCGAAGCGACCCGCUAGAUCGCAUUAAGUCUGACAACCCCUCGGGCAGAAGGGAAGACAGUGAGGAGAAACAGCAUGGCGAAGAUAGUGAAGCAAAAACUUGCUCAUUUUGCAAGAAACAAGGUCACUUCCGAAGAGACUGCUGGAAAGCUCACAGAUCUCGAGGCAAACUAUCUGGAACAGUUCAGAUUGGAGCCAGGAACAGGCAAUCUCAAAUAGUUCAAAGACUGCCGUCUAGUAAUUCGGAACUUCCAAAUCCAAAUAAUGCUCCCCAGAGGCUAACGAAGGAAGGCAAUGGAACCAAGACCUUCACCACAACAUUGAACCGUUGGAAUUGCAAGGAAAUUCAGGCGAAGUCGAUGGUUGAAAGUGAACUGUUCGGGCAACAAACCAUCGCUAAAGUAAAUCUCCUGGGCAUGUCAAAGCUGGCGCUACUGGACACAGGAUCUCAAGUUAGUAUUAUGCCACUCAGGGUACUAAAUGAGGCGCAGGAAGCAGGAUUUGACAUAGAUGGAGACAUAGAAGAAAUACCAAUGCCCAAGAAUAGGAGAAUCUAUGACGCCUCCGGAAACAAAAUGACCUUCAAAGGGGCAAUACGCCUCACAGUAAAGGCUAGAAGCACACAGCCCCAAAGGGUAGCAAUGUUGGUAAGGAAGUCAGAUGAUAACAUGAUAGUCUUCGGAACCAACGCACUGAAGAAAUUCAACUUGGUGCUUAAAGAAGAUCACGAGUCUCAACGAGGGCGAGACAAAGCAUGGGGACAAAGUUUGAAUAAGAACGGAAGAUUACGAACUGGAAACUCUUCGACUCGUCCAGCUACAGUAGUUCGGCGAGUAUACAUUCGUCCAGGAGAAACAAGAGCUGUAGCUAUUUCCAUGCCAAAGCCGGGAACGGAUCGGAUGUUAUGGUCGCAUUGCGAUGUUAUUCCUGAUACCGUGUGUUGCAGCAGCAAACCUGUAAUUGAGAUACCAGUGACUAACACACUGGAUCAACCUAAAGUCUUCCGUGCAGGAGAAGAAGAAGAUCCGCUGCAUCUCUUCCAUCCGUGCACAUGCAACAUCUUCCGCACCAAGGCUCAGACUGCUCUGCCAAGUUUGCGUUCGGACCUCGCAAGAUCAAAGCCGGUCAACAACAUGUUCGAAUUGGCCAACGUCGCGUCCAUCGUGCUCGAUCCGUUUUGGGGAGAUCGACGCAAGGAGGAAGAGCUCCUGAACAAGGACUCAAAGCACCUGACAGUCUUGGGGCUGGCUCAUGCGAUCGCCGCGCAUCGCUCGAGUUGUUAUGCCUUCAGCACGGCAUUGAGAAGUGCUCAAGGGAAACGCAUCAUUCAUCCUCCCCUGUUUCCGGCUUUCCCCGGAUACCACAUCGAGUCGUAUUAUGCGCAGGCAGUCGAACGUCUUGAUCAGAUACCGAGAGAAUACGAUGACUCGCCGGCGAACCCCACCAUUGUCGCUCUGCCACUGCCGUUCAUCCGGGCCGAGAAGGAGCUCGAGGAAAAUGAUAAAGUCAGCAUCACAGUAUAUUCGACGUUGGACGGACUAGCAGCGGAACUAAAUGCUCGUUCGAUCUCUGCCGCCGUGGUACUUGUUUGGCCUAAUGAUAUGCCGGCCACCGUUCAUCUCAACCACGUUAUGCAUGCGCUGGAGCGUCAUUUGCAAUGUGGGGGAACUCUAGAUAUGUACCCGCCACCGUACGAGGAGAGACGUAGCGAAAUGUGGCACGCAGUGAAAAAGGUGUGCGCUGAGGUGGUCGAGGUACUCACAGGACCAGCCCGAGGAUUCGAUGCACGUGUCGUUGAUGCGUAUGGAACCAUCGACAACAUGGUGCCACUGGGGCACCCAGCCACGAGCCUUGGAGUAAGCCCACGACGGGGCGAUGAUAGGUUUCACCCCUGGCAGAUAGCGGUGUUCCUGAACCAAGUGAGGAAAUUCGCCAUGAGUACGAUUUCACUGCCGAUCUUCUUCCCUUCCAAAAGAGAGAAACGAGACGUGACCGACGUAGAGGAGCAAAGCAAGGACCCGAAGCAGACAACCAAGGACCAGCCACCGAAGAAGAAGCAAAAGAUAUCGAAGCCGCACGUGAUGUAUGUUCGCGACGUGAAAGCCGAACGCAGCCGCCAUGCUCACCUGAUGAAGCAGAAAGGAAAGAAAUCAAAGUAA